AUGGGACGAGGUCGGGAAUUCGCUGCAGGCCAGCGCGUAGAGAAAGCAUCGUCCGCGAGAUUACACCAUUUGUCCACGUCUUCUCGUGUUGCUGCGACGACACCAGCUUCAAAUGAACUCACGCGAGCUCGACAAAAGAAGAGACACGAAGAAGAUUGUCUUGGCGCAACUCUGCUC